AUGUCAGAUUGGAAAGUAGAUCCAGACAACCGUAGAAGGUUGCUACAAUUACAAAAGGUUGGGGGCAAUAAGAAAUGUGUCGAUUGUAAUGCUCCAAAUCCACAAUGGGCUUCACCAAAAUUUGGUGUUUUCAUCUGCCUAGAAUGCGCUGGUACUCAUAGAGGUUUAGGUGUUCACAUUUCAUUUGUUAGAUCUAUUACAAUGGACCAAUUUAAACCGGAAGAACUAAUUAGAAUGGAAAAAGGUGGUAAUGAACCAUUCAAUCAAUACAUGACUUCACAUGGGAUUGACCUUAAGUUACCGCAGAAAUUAAAAUAUGAUAAUCCAAUUGCAAGUGAUUAUAAGCAAAAAUUGACAUGCAUAGUGGAAGAUAAGGAAUUUGUGGAACCUGAACACCCUGAUUUUGAUCCUAGUAUACUUGGUAAAGAACAAGACGAAUCUAGUUCCUUAGGUUCAGUUUCUAGCAAACAAGCAACCUCGAUCGAAUCCAGGAAGCCUGCCAAGACAGAGGCCAAGGAGAAGAAUGAAGCUUAUUUUGCGGAACUAGGUCGUAAAAACCAAACUAAACCUAAUUUUUUACCACCAUCACAAGGUGGUAAAUAUCAAGGUUUCGGUAGCAGCCCUGUGCAAGGUAGCCAGGACCCCGCUGCCUCGAGUACCCUAAGCAUAGAUAAUUUCCAGAAGGAUCCCUUGGGAACUUUUACUAAAGGAUGGGGUCUUUUCUCCAAUGCGGUUACUAAAUCCUUCGACGAAGUUAAUGAGUCUGUGAUACAACCAGGUUAUCAACAAUUGCAAUCAGGACAUUGGUCAGAGGAAACAAGAAGAGCAGCAACCCAAUUUGGUCAAAAAUUCCAGGAAACGGGCAAUUAUGGUAUACGGGCACUUUCAUCAUUUACCAAGAGUUGGCAAGAUCCUGAAAAUGGUGCAGCUCCGAAUUCUGCUGCCGCUCAAUAUUCCAAAUUAUCGAGUUCAGAAGCAAGCGCUGCAGGUCAGGGAAGAGCUGCCACUAAGAAGCCAAUAGAUGAAGAGUGGGAUGACUUUUAA